CCAUAACAAGCGCACCACGAGGAGCCCAGCUGGACCUGUGAGAACUGCGUUACUUAAGAACUGUACCAUAACACAAGCCACUGGAGUCAUUUAACCAUGUGCUACGUUGAGAAUAUCAGGGACUAGAGGCCAGUAGUGCAUUAAAUACCAGUGUGUUGCCAAGGGUGUCGCAGAAAUGUCGAUCAAGAAGAUAAAUGUCCUGUCUCGAAACCCCGACCACUAUUUGAGGGAGACCAAACACGAUAUACACAAAGUUCAAAGAAAUUAUGAUCCCAGCUUACAUCCCUUUGAGGCAAGCAGAGAGUACAAAUUGGCCUUGAAUUCUGUCAAGCUUGAAAGAGUGUUUGCCAAACCAUUUGUGGGCAGCCUGACACACACUGAGGGAGUAUCUGCCCUCUGCCGCCACCCAAGCCGCCUCUCCUGUGUGUUUACUGGCACUGUUGAGGGUGAGCUGAGGUUAUGGGACAUAUCCCACAAGAAGUGUGAGUGGACUGUUCAAGCUCACGGUGGACAGAUCUGGUCCAUUGUAGCUGCUCCUGAUGGGAAUUCAUUCUUCACUGUUGGCAAUGAUAAGACCAUCAAGAAGUGGUCCCUUGACAAGGCCAAGGAAGGGGACCAUGACCUGCCUGUUGACACAUGGCUCAGUGAUACCAUCGUGACGGGCAUCACCCACCACAGGUACAGGAACGAGUUCAUCACCUGUGGGGAGAGAGUCCUGCUGUGGGACGCCUCCAAUAAGGCGCCCAAGUUCUCCUAUGACUGGAGCACGAGUGGGGACAGGAAUGAUGCCAGUGUGGCCAGCAUCAAGUUCAACCCCGUGGAGACAGACCUCUUUGCGUCCAGUGACUACGCCAACAACCUUGUUCUGUAUGACACACGAGCAAAGGAGGUGAAGAAACUGAAGAUGAACCUCCGCAUCAACGCUUUGGCUUGGAACCCCAUGGAAGCCUUCAUCCUGACGGCUGCCAGUGAAGACUAUAAUGCAUAUUCCUAUGACAUCAGGAAGCUGAACACUGAGGCAGUGAUCAACAUCCACGAAGGCCACACUGCUGCUGUGCUGGAUAUAGACUAUGCCCCCACUGGCCGAGAGUUCUGCACCGCCAGCUAUGACAAAUCCAUCAGGAUAUUCAGGACAGAGGAGGGACACAGUCGGGAUGUGUACCACACCAAGAGGAUGUUUAAGGUCAGCACUGUCCUCUGGUCUGGAGACAACAAGUUCAUUCUCUCAGGCUCUUCAGACCACAAUGUUAGGAUAUGGAAAUCAAAAGCACAUGAAAAGAUGGGCAUUAUGCGUGCCAGGGAGCGCAAUGCCAUCAAUUACGCAGACGAGCUCAAGAGAAAGUACAAUCACUUCCCAGCAGUGCGCAGAAUUGCUCGUCACCGUCACCUGCCUCAGCACAUCUACAAUGCCAGGAAGGAACACCGCAUCAUGAAGGAAAGCCGUGCCAGAAAAGACGCCAACAGACGGAAAUACUCCACGCCUGGAAAAACCCCACGGGUCUCGGCCCGGCGGAAGGUGGUGGUGGGCCUGCAGGACGAUGGUGUAGUGGACAACAUGCCAGGAACCUCAGCCAGCUAGUGCAGCUGCUUCAUCAAGCUGUAUUAAAUAAACUUCUCAUGAAACAUCAGUGAACAGAGAAUUCAGAGUGGAGCCGUACUGUUGUUAACAAAGUGUUUGUGUAGUAGAGGACACUGACUGGUUAGGCUCCAUUUUCAUUGAUAAUCUGGUUUUCUUAAAAUACAUUCUCUAUUUUUAAAA